CCCCAUGCCAACACAUUAAUGGCUCAACUACAAUUCCCGUCAUGCCUCGGGGCCCUAGGGUGACUCUUUGAAGCCGGGCCUACGACUCCCGUCUGGCCCGAAACCACGGCCGUGCACGCCUCCAAUCGACGCCUAAACGUCCCCCCCAGACCCAUAAAUGCCCAUAAAUUUUCCCCCCCGGACCCCCCCAGCUGCCGCCCAAGGCCCCGCCCCUCCCGCACUACAACUCCCGUGCUGCCCCGCGGCGCUUUUCCCGCGCUUUUUGCCUUCCCCUCACAGCCCCCGGCCAUGAUGGCGGAGGCUCUGGGGCGCUGGCUCCGGGAGGAGAUGGAGAUGCCGCCCUCCGCCGCUCCCUCCCCGGCCGCGCUCCGCAGGCUCUGCUCCGGCCCCACAGCCCCCGUUUGGGAUUACGUCACCCGCCACGUCCGGAACCACCGGAACGUGAAGAAGAUCCGGGGAAACCUGCGCUGGUACGGGCACCUGCACGAGCUGGAGGCCGCCGCCGGUCCUCCGAGCCGCCAGGGGGCGAUCAGCGCGGCGGUGGCGCGCCUCCGGAAGGAGCUGCAGGACCUGGGGGACGCCAUUGCUGACGCGCAGGAAACGGCGCAGCGCCUCGAGGCCUCCCUGGGGGCGGGGCAGAGCCGCAGGUGGGCGGAGCUUCGGCAAGGGGCGGAGCUUCGGCUGCUGGGGGCGGAGCCGAGCCCUGCUGGGCUGCGGGCGAGCCACCAGGGGGCGCUAAAGGCCUUCCCGCCAAGGUGUGCUCUGUCCUACAUGCGUUACCUGUCCCAGGUGCGUUACCUGUCCCAGGUGUCCGGGCGCCGCCUGCCGCUGCCGCUGUCGCUGGCCGGGGGCCGGGUGCAGGUGCGGCGCCGGGGGGGGCAGCGCCAGGUGCUGCUCACCUGGGCGGGGCUGCAGCCCCUCCCCCCCCGCCCCGCCCCUCCCCCCCCCUCCCCCGGCACCUGCCAGGUGAGCUCGCGCGGCUUCCGCACCUUCGACGGCGCGGGGGGGGCGUGGGGGAGGGGCCGCCCCUCCCCCCUGGUGCUGGCCCGCACCUGCGCCCCUCCCCCACCCCCCGGAGCAGCCCCGCCCCCCGGCGAGGCCCCGCCCCCCGGAGCGGCCCCGCCCCCGGCGCAGGUGGAGGUGGCGCUGGCGGGGGGAGGGGCGGUGGCGGUGACGCUGGGACGGAGCCGGUGGCGCCUGCAGGGGGCGCGAGCGCAGCUGGACGGCGCCGCGCUGCCGCUGCCCUUCUGCCUGCCGGACGGCUCCGUCUGCGUGGGCGCCGCGCCGGGCCGCGCCCUGCUGCUGGUCACCCCCGAGCUGCGCGUGGCUGCCGGCCCCGGCGACGCCCUGGAGCUCGCCCUGUCCCCCCGCCUGCGCCGCCACACCUGCGGCCUCUGCGGCCACCGCCGCCGCCACGCCGGCCACGACCUCGGGAGCGACCACGGGGACACCGGGAGUGACCGCAGGGACACCGGGAGUGACCGUGGGGAGACCAGGAGUGACCGCAGGGACACCAGGAGUGACCACGGAGACACCAGGAGUGACCACGGAGACACCAGGAGUGACCGCAGGGACACUGGGAGUGACCACAGGGACACCAGGAGUGACCACGGGGACACCGGGAGUGAUGACAGGGACACCGGGAGUGACCAAGGGGACACCAAGAGUGACCGCAGGGACACCAGGAGUGACCACGGAGACACCAGGAGUGACCGCAGGGACACUGGGAACCAGGAGUGA